AAUAACUAAAAGAAAAGCGUCAAAAAAAGAGAGAGAGCUGUCUACUUUCAAGUUUCAACACUCCAGCUGAAACUAACUCCGUCGCUUCUUCAUCAAAAAUGGCGGGUGGGAGAUCGUACGGAAACCCUAGAUUCAGAUCCCCAAUCAUCAUCACCCUCCUCUUCAUCAUCUCUCUCCUCAUCUACAUAUCUCUCUCUCCAUCUCGCCCAAAUCUCCCCUCAACUAAAUCACAAGUCCCAAUGCUCAACCCUACCGUCGAUUACUCCUUCCUCACCUCCCUCCAGAAAUUCCUCUCCUCUCCCUCCGAAUCUCGCCAAUAUCGAGACGAUUCAGUUGCGAAUACGGCGAGUCAGGCUGAUGUGAAGAAACUAGAUGACUUGAUGUGGAGAAGAGAGACUGAAAAGCUCUACGAAGAUUCGGCUUAUCCUGGUGUUUCAGUUGUUAGAGUUUAUGUUUACGAAAUGCCGGAUAAGUUUACUUAUGAUAUGCUGAGAUUGUUCUGGAAUACGUAUCAGGAGACUGUUAAUCUUACAUCCAAUGGUAGCCCCGUUCAUCGACUUAUCGAACAGCACUCGAUUGACUAUUGGCUGUGGGCAGAUUUGAUUGCGCCUGAAUCACAAAGGCUUUUGAAGAAUGUUGUUAGAGUUUACCGGCAGGAGGAUGCUGAUCUGUUUUACAUUCCUUUCUUCACAACAAUAAGUUUCUUCUUGUUGGAGAAACAGCAAUGCAAGGCGCUUUAUAGGGAAGCUUUGAAGUGGGUAACAGAUCAGCCGGCUUGGAAUCGUUCCGGAGGAAGAGAUCACAUACUUCCAGUUCACCAUCCUUGGUCUUUCAAGUCUGUUCGGAAAUAUAUGAAAAAUGCUAUUUGGUUGCUACCGGAUAUGGACUCCACUGGGAACUGGUACAAGCCUGGACAAGUUUCGCUUGAAAAGGACCUCAUACUUCCUUACGUUGCAAAUCUCGAUCUAUGUGAUGCCAAAUGUUUAUCAGAAAGUGAAUUGAAGAGAAGAACACUCCUAUUCUUUCGUGGGAGGCUUAAAAGGAAUGCUGGAGGAAAGAUACGUGCUAAGCUUGUAGCAGAACUUAAUCAUGCUGAGGAUGUUGUGAUAGAGGAAGGGACUGCAGGAGAGGUUGGGAAGGCAGCAGCCCAGCAUGGUAUGCGCACGUCUGUGUUCUGCUUAAGUCCAGCUGGUGACACUCCAUCAUCUGCUCGGUUAUUUGAUGCUAUAGUGAGUGGUUGCAUUCCUGUUAUCAUAAGUGAUGAAUUAGAACUUCCUUUUGAAGGAAUACUUGAUUAUUCGAAGAUAGCUUUGUUCAUUUCUUCGAGCGAUGCCGUGCAGCCAGGUUGGCUUUUAACAUAUCUCAGAAGUUUUGGUGUUGCUCAACUCAAAAAAAUGCAAAUGAACUUGGCAAAGUACGCGAGGCAUUUCUUAUAUUCUCAUCCAGCUCAACCAUUGGGUCCAGAGGACUUGGCCUGGAGAAUGUUGUCAGGUAAGCUGGUAAAUAUCAAGCUCCACACCCGAAGGUCUCAGCGUGUUGUGAAAGAAUCCAGAAGCUUGUGUAGUUGUGACUGCAAACCUGCCAACUUUACGAACUCUAGACCCCUGUCUUGAUUUUAUUUUUUUUAAAUUUUUUUUGUUUUGUAGAGUCCUUUCUUUUAUUAUUCUCUCUGCCAAUAUAUAGUUGUAAGAGGUGAGUAGGUUGAUGGUUGUUAAUCUACUAUGGAAAAGGAAAACAAUUGUUGCAGGUAAUUUACCUGCUAAGUGUCUCUUUAAUUAUUGUUGUCCCAUGGAUGUGAAAUAUUUGUAACUGUCAUAACAAUUUCUAAUUAAACCCAUGAACUGAUGUAUGCCUACUGGUAUUUAGAACAGAA